CGGAAGUUCUUACACAUGUCAGGUGAUUCGCUGAUGUUGCUCCAGCUUCAAUUGAGAAAAGCUGUGUCCAAAUAGCUACUUUUUCACCGAACACUUUUAUGCUGACAGUAUAUUUGACCACGCAAGAUGCAGAACGUCAUCAACACAGUAAAAGGCACGGCUCUUGGAGUGGCCGAGUUUCUUACGCCAGUGCUCAAGGAAUCAAAAUUCAAAGAAACUGGAGUCAUCACACCAGAAGAGUUUGUUGCCGCUGGAGAUCACUUGGUCCACCACUGUCCCACAUGGAAAUGGGCCAGCGGUGAAGAAGUGAAAGUAAAGCCGUAUUUGCCCCCAGAUAAACAGUUUCUCCUGACACGCAAUGUUCCCUGUUACAAGCGCUGUAAACAGAUGGAAUACUCUGACGAGUUGGAGGCCAUUAUUGAGGAAGAUGACGGCGAUGGGGGCUGGGUGGACACUUAUCACAACGCAGGUAUGCUAGGCGUCACUGAUGCUGUACAGGAAAUUUCACUGGACAAUAACAAGGACAAGAACAUGAAUACCGCAUCUGCAGCAUGUUGUGAUGAUGAUGAAGACGAUGAAGACGGAGAGGCAGCAGAUAUGGAAGAAUACGAAGAAAGUGGCUUGCUGGAAACAGAUGAGGCAACCUUAGAUACCAGUAAAAUGGUGGAAGCCAAAGUGAAAGUGGAGGCCGGGAGUGAAGAUGCUAUCCUUCAGACAAGAACAUAUGACCUUUACAUUACAUAUGAUAAAUACUACCAGACCCCUCGACUCUGGCUCUUUGGAUAUGGUGAAGACAGGCAGCCGCUAUCUGUGGAGCAAAUGUAUGAAGACAUCAGUCAGGAUCAUGUGAAGAAGACUGUCACCAUCGAGAACCAUCCACACCUUCCCCCGCCAGCCAUGUGCUCCGUCCACCCCUGCAGACAUGCUGAAGUGAUGAAAAAGAUAAUUGAGACGGUGGCUGAAGGAGGUGGUGAGCUCGGAGUACAUAUGUAUCUUCUCAUUUUCCUCAAAUUUGUCCAGGCUGUCAUUCCCACAAUAGAAUACGACUACACAAGACACUUCACCAUGUAGCAACAUGGACUAUCAAAAUCGGUUCUUCUGCCUCUAUGAUUACAAGCGAUCUGGUUGAUCUGGUGACCUGGGAAUGUUUGUGUUGUUCUGGAACACGUUGCACUGGUGCAGGAUGCUGAGAAAGAUAUGACUCACCGGAAUCAUUUUUUUAAGGUUGGGGGAAGUCAGUACUUUUCCUUUGGGGGAAGAUAAAAAUCUGAUGCAUUCAGUGCUUAAAUGUGAUGUAUUUUGCACGUAUGUAAAUCACUAUCAGAACAUUCUAAGAACAGUUUUAGCAGUUACUCUCUACUGUGCACUCAGCUAAGCUAGGCAAACCCUCCAUCCAUCCAUCCAUUGUCUGUACUGCUUGUCCCCAUUAGGGUGGUGGAUGAGCUGGAGCCUAACCCAGCUGACUCAGGCUGAAAGAUGACUUACACCCUGGGCUGGUAACUAAUCAGUCAUAGGGCACAUAUAGAAAUUGGAUCAUUGACACUCAUAUUCACACCUAUGGGCUAUUUAGAGUCACCAAUUAGCCUAACAGGCAUGUUUUGGCAUAUGGGAAGAAGCCAGAGAACACACAAACUCCACACAUAGAUGUUCCAAGAGAGAUUUGAAGCUAGGCUAACCAAUAAGUGAUAAUGUAUCCAGCCAGCCACGUCCCAGACAUUGUACCUCAGAUUUAAUGUGGUCCAUAACAUGCUACACUGUGCUUUCAUCUUACAUUCAUUAGGUUAGCAGCAAGUGUCUGGCACUUAAAGUACUGAGGGCUACCAUGCUUUGCCUUUUAUUGUUUAAGUUUUCAAUACGACAGGCUUAACCAAAAAAGUAGCAGCCAGAACUGAAGAAGAGAUGGCUUAGCGUUGUUGUUGUAAAGCAGCUGUCAUUUUCCUCCUAAUACGCUGAAUAUGUUUAUGGUCAUUCAGACAUUUGGUUUAGUGCAUAUGUCACUCAGCAGCUUGUGUGGUUAACAUGGCAACAGAAAUGAUCUUUGUGGUCUAUUGUGUCAAAUAAUGAACAAUAUAUACAUUUUUUGCU